ACUUCUCGCCCACUCACGCCCUGGGUGGGAGGAGUGACGUAGUGUCAGAAUUUCACCUACCUCCGUCACCUCUUUCAUACCCGCUAAUCUCGACUCGUCCCGUCCCGUCUCGUGACGCAUAUGCCGCUCAUAGCAAUCGGCGUCGCGAAUGCGUUGGCCCGGGAACAUGAUUUCCGUUCGCUACUGCGGCUAAAUCCCCGAAAGCUUUCGCUCGUUUCGAGUGAUCGAGGCUCGUAUUGGCGAGAACAGAUACCAUUUGUGAUCCUUUCUCCCUGGACACAAGCGCCGCGCCUCUACAGCAGCUGCUGCUCGACCUGCUUGUUAACACGCUGUUAGGGAGGAACGACGCCUAAAUUGCUGAUGUCUUUGGCAAGCCAACGCUUUUUUGGUUUUUUUCUUCCAGAGGCAUUAGCUCUAUCCGUGGUCUCCGCUUGUUCGUGGUAGGGAAGUGGUCGACCGUUUGUCAUUAGACGAGGUGUUAGUUGGUUUUACCCCAAGGAUUACGGGAGUAAAACAGGAAUCCUUCUGUUUCCGUGUUGCAUCUGCUGAGUCCUCCGAUGUCGCGAGAUGGACGGUUUCGAUUAAUCUCCACUCAUUCCUGUAAUCUCAGGGCUAAUUUAUCACGUUCCAGUGGUCGCAGACUAAAUCGCAGAUUUUCCGAAGUUCAUUAGAUUUGGUCCCUGAGUUAAUAAUUGGUGCGUAGAAUUGUGCAGACUAUGGCAGGAAGCGACCCGUGGCUGUAACCCUGCUGAUCUUCUUACCUCCUGUCAAGCGCAUAUACCCGCUAGAAGCAGUGCGAGGUUCCGUUAUAGUGGAAAAUUUGCGGGCUUAUAACGGGAAGCAGCAUGGCGAAGGUAGCGGAUCUUAUAAUGGGGAUGGGAAUUUCGCACGGGACUGAGUUGUUACUCGCCUACAGCCCGUUCGGCGAAUUCAGCGAGCUGCUUCGCGAAACGCUGAAGAAGGUUCCUCCCAACAUGCAAUGGUUCUCGUGGGGCUUUGACCAAGUGAUCUUCCUCUUCCACAUGCACCUAGGGUAUAUAUUCUCCAUAGCAGCAUACGAGUGCUUCACACGCAAAGAAGCUCGCAGCAAACUCACCGCCCUCCGGGACCUUUUCCUCUCCUCCUCCUCCUCCACCCCAUCUCCCCCCGAAAAACCUUCCGACCUGCCCGAACCCGCCCGCGAAACCCUCGAAAAAACCAUGAAAUCAUGGAUUGUGAAUUCCCGCGGGGUGGUACCGGCCCGGCUCAUCCUAAUCCUCCACCCGGGGGCUCCCAAGAAAUUCCUGACUAAGGAAGACCAAGCGCCCGACUUCGUACAAGCGGCCGAAGGGAGCGGGACUGCCCGGCUCAAAAGCGCUCUGGAGGAAAUCGAUGAGAACGACGACGACUUUGUGUUCACCAUCCGCAAGCCAGGGGCCGGGAGCGGUGGGGGGGAUGAUGACGAUGGUGAGGACUUCGUUUUCAACAUCCCAAAGAAGAUUGUGCAGGCGGUUGCCGCCCCGAUGAUCUUCACCAGCCCGCAUCCCCGGCAGAUGCCUGCCUUCGCUGCUGGCCCCACUGCUGGUUCUGGCGGCGGCGGCGGCGGCGGCAACAGUGGGAGUAACAACCGGGUGCCAUCGGGGCAACAAUCAGGCAGAAAAAGUCCUGCUAUGUCGGGUGCAAAGGUCUCUCCAGAUGAUGCAGAUGGGGGGAAGGACGGGGGGGGGACGUGGGAGGGGGAGAAGAUCCGCGGGCAGGUGGGCAUGCUGGCGCCCUCCGGGCUGACCUGGGAGGAGGAGAUCGCGUCUCAGCUGGCGUCUGUAGGCGUGCUGGUGGGUCCAGCUAAGGCGCAGGCAGUGGCUGCUGCCGCUGCUGCUGUGAAGGAAGGGAAAGCGGGUGCGGGUGAUGGUUCUGGCGGCGGCGGUGCUGGUGGUGGUGGUGGGACAGGAGGCGGGGGGGCAGGCGGAGGGGCAGCAGCAGCUGCAGGAGGAGCAGCAGGAGGAGCAGGAGCACCGGGUGCGACUGCCCCGAGAAACAGGCAGAGCCAGCCGGCGCUGGACCACGCCCGCUCCUUCUCCACUGCAGGGGCGGGCGUCGGGUUCGGCAUGCAGGGCUCGAGGCUCAUAGACCGCGCGUAUGUGGGCAUGCCCGCCCAGGCUGCAGGUCGGCUGUUCGCGCGCAACACCUCCGUGCCCAAUGGGGGCAGGCCAGCUGGCGGGGCGAUCGGGGCGGGGUUUGGUGGGGGGCUGGGGCGGCUGGCUAGGGGGAUAAAAAAGACGUUCAACCUGCAGAGCAGCCAUGACAAGCUGAUCGGGUGACUAGAUGAAGAGAGUGUGCUUGACAUGGCCCAGAGUUUGGAGCAGCGUUCGGUGGUGUGGAGACCUGGGAAGGCUGGGACGGGGGCUGAAGAAGACGGUUGGUUCAACCUGCAGAGCAGCCAUGAUAAGUUGAUCGGGUGACUCGAUGCAGAGAGUGCACUUCACAUGGCUCAGAGUUUGAAGCAGGGUUCGGUGGAGGCCUGGGAAGGCUGGUGGGAGGGUUGAAGAAGACGUUCAACCUGCAGAGCAGCCAUUACAAGCAGAUUGGGUGGGAUGCUGAGGUGUCAUAGGAGCGGACUGGGCGAUCUUGCGAGAAGUCGUAGGAGAGGAUUGAGUGAUCUACCAAGGAGAGUUGUGAGGCAGCUCAUAAUCUGGAGCAGGGUUUGGUGGGGGCAUAGGAAGGCUGAGGGGGGGGCUGAAGAAUAAUGUUCAAUCUGCAGAGCAGCCAUGACAAGCUGAUUGGGCGAGAUGUUGAGGAGUCAUAAAAACGCAUUGGGUGGUCUACAAUGCAGAGUUGUGAGGCCGCUCAGGAUUUGGAGCUGGGUCUGGUGGGGGGCUUGGGCUUUGUCGCCAGGGGGCUAAAUAUGAGCGUCUAAUUUGCAGAGCAGCCAUAACAGGCUGAUUUGGCAGGAGCGGAUUGGGUUGUUUACAAAGGAGAGAUGUGAGGCGGCUCCUAGUUUGGAGCAGGGUUUAGUGGGGAGCAGCCAUGACAAGCUGAUUGGGGGAUUUGGUGAGGAGUUUUUUUCUAUGCAGGUAAAGCAACCAACAGGGUCUGGGUCUGGUGGUGGGCUUGGGUUGGGAUGGGAGGCUGAAGAAAUGUUUGAUUUGCUGAUCAGUUGUGUUCCGAGAAGGAUGGAUGCGCUACUCGUUCCUGCUACAGCAACUAGUGGGGUUUAUCAGGCAUCAAGGGGUCAUCACUAUGAGGUGUUACGCUGUCUAAGUGCGUCACAAACAUGUGAUUGUAUCUCAUAACAAAUGCGGUCCACCCUG